UUAAACAUCAGAUGAGCUAAAUUAAUGCAUUCAUAAAUAAUUAAAAAAACUGGAAACAGUAAAAACAGACUUGAUUUGUUUUAUCAACCACAGGAAAUCGACGUAGAUGACACAAACCGUUAUCGUCGAGCAGCUCAGAUUUUUCACUUUUCUCGAUAAAAAGUCACAAAUAAAUAAAUACAGGAAGAUGAAUAAUAUUUACAUGAGAAAACAACAGGUCAGAAUGUCCUAAAAGCUUUUUCUAGGAACAAAAACUAAAACAGACACGAGAGCCGGACGAUGAAACGAUGUUGUGAAAAAACACGAUGUUGAUGCUCGCUUGUUUACCGGCGGGGCUGACUUCCCUCCCUCAGAACCGAUCACAUGCACCCUGUUUGUCUCAGAUCCAUCCACCAUUUCAGUCUCCGUUGGACGGAACGCAGUGCGGUGCCCACUGGGACAUGUGACAUCCAGGGAGGAGGGGGUCAUUUCUGUGAAAAGGUCCCAAGCCGGACAAGCAGGCAGGAAUGUUUGCUCCCGCUGGUGGAAACGGAUCAGGUGUCACCAGCUGUGAGGACUGGUAUAAAGGACGGAGUGCUGAGCUCUCCUCCAGAAUAGACACCAACAUUCUACAGCUGACUUCACUUUGAGGACAACGUCUUCCAGUCUGCUCUACGGGUUUUUGAAGCGAUUUGUCUUCAAGUUUCUCUCUCUGAGACUUUGGAAACUUUUUAGUCAAGUUUAAGGACAGAGACUGUUGCACUAUGGACGUCCAGAGGUCUGGGUCUUUGGUUCGACCCCCCAGCCCCAUGGACAGCCUGGAGAAGCAGCUGAGCUGUCCCAUCUGCCUGGACAUGUUCACCAAGCCGGUGGUGAUCCUGCCCUGCCAGCACAACCUGUGCCGUAGCUGCGCCAGCGACCUCUACGACUCGCGCAACCCGUACCGAUUCUCCGGUGGCGUCUUCCGCUGUCCCACCUGCCGCUUCGAGGUCGUCCUCGACCGACAUGGCGUUCACGGCCUCCAGCGCAACCUGUUGGUGGAAAACAUUAUAGACCUCUAUAAGCAGCAGCAGGAAGGUAAAAACGACAGCACAGAAACGCUGAAGCCUAAAGAAUGCAAAGAGCCCAUGUGCCAAGAGCACGACGACGAGAGAAUCAACAUCUACUGUGUGACCUGCCAGGUUCCCACCUGCUCCAUGUGCAAAGUGUUUGGCCAGCAUAAAGACUGCGAGGUGGCGCCACUACCGAACAUCUACCAAACCCAGAAAAGUGAACUGAGCAAUGCCAUCGAUAACCUGGUAUCCAGCAACAGCCGUCUGCAGGCCCUGCUCAGCCAGAUGGAAGACACCUGCCGUGUCGUCCAGGAGAAUGCUCAGCGGGCUAAACAAGGGCUAGCUGAGCGCUUUGACCUCCUGUACGCCAUCCUGGAAGAGCGCAAGGGCAUUCUACUGGAGCAGAUUGGAAAAGAGCAGGAUGAGAAGGUGGCGGCGCUGCGAGCUCUGGCCCAGCGAUACGGUGAGCGGCUGCAGGCGAGCACAGAGCUGACGGAUACGGCCGUAAGGGCUUUGGAGCAGAGCGGAGCCGCAGAAUUCCUGUUGGCGUCCAAAGGCCUCAUCACAAAGACCAAAGACGCUGCCAAGGCUUCGCUGGGCGAAGAGAGGCCCGAGCCAGGCUUCGAGAAGAUGGACCACUUCACCUUGUCAACAGAACACGUGGAAGCGGUCCUAGCAAAGAUGGACUUUGGUGCUGGUGAUGAUGAAGAGUUUGAGGAUGCAGAGGAAGAAGAGGAGUAAGACGUGGUUAGAAACAGGCUUUAGACGAUGUUUCGUUGGUGUUCAUCAGAAGGACUCUGCUGGAUUCUAUCAGUGCAAUAUUUAUUAUUGUUUUGUUAACUUUUUUAUACUUUUGUAUCUCAAAGCCAGUUUAAUGGAAGGAGUUUAGCGUUCUAACAUUUUGUUCUUUGUCACGUUCUGUUGAUGUAACCAUAACCUGAUCUGUAUUUACUGAUACUUGAAAUAAAGUUGCAUGAUUUGUUCCCCA